AUAAUAGCUGCAGGCUGCAGGUAUUCUCUAUUUGUUAUUUAUGUUGUUAUAUUUCAUUCUAGGUAUAAAUAAUAAUAUAUAAUAUAUAAAUAUAAAACUGUAUUAUGAAAUAGAUAACCAAGUAUAUAUUAAUUUACUAAAAACGCUGAAGUUUUGUUUGUAAAUCCUAUCUUUUUUUCAAUAAUAAUUACUAUUCUGAAGCCUAAAAAUGGUUCUUGGACCAUUGGAUCAUUCUGUUCAAACAGAUAUUAUAUUUGUAAUAGAGAAAACAGCCAUGAACACUUAUAUUAGUGAACUUAAAACAAAUUAUGUGACUCCAACAUUAGAAUACUUUAACCAAGGACCGAUUGAAGAACGAGAUUAUUUGUCUGAAAGUAGCAGUGCAAUUUAUGGUAUUGUAGUUUAUGAAGCAAAUGAUUGUAAACCAUAUCCGUGCUGUCGUACUUAUGGAACAUUCACUAGCCCACAAAAAGUCAUAAAAAUGAUUGAAAAAAUAGAUAUGAUUGGUGGUAUGGCAGAAUCUCAUGCGUACAUGGGUGAAGGUUUAGCAACAGCCCUGGUUUUCUUUGAGGACUUACAAGAGAUUCGUGAAGCUAAGCAAAGGCAUUGUAUUCUCAUAUGUAAUUCACCACCUUAUAAUUUUCCAAUUAUGGAAUGUGAAACAUAUGCUGGUCGUGGUGUUGAUCAAAUUGCAAAUCUUUUUCAAGAAAAAGGAAUUUUACUCUCAAUAUUAUCAGCUAGAAAAACUCCUGCAUUAUUAAAAUUAUUUGAAAAAGCUGGUGGUGAUUUACAAAUUUCUCAGAACAAAAACUAUGCAAAAGAUCCAAGGCAUCUAGUUUUACUCAAUGGAUACAGUCUAAAAGAACGUCCAAUGAGCCCAACUCCCGCUACAACUCACUCUGGUCUAUCUAUGACUAGCCCAUUGUCUACAAAUGUUAAUAUUGGAUCACCAGUUGCUCCGUGUGCUCCAUUUAGGACUACUAAUCCGGUUAUGGCUAUGCAGAAUCAACAACAACAACAGCAACAACAACAACACCAACAACAACAAGCUGCUCAGAUAGCCCAACAAGCUGUAGCUGUAGCUGCUCAACAACAACAACAACAACAACAACAACAACAACAACAGCAACAAGUACAACAACAACAACAACAGCAGCAGCAAAUGAUUCGUAAUGUAAAUCAAGGUCAAAACCAACAGUAUUCAAAUGUUUCAAAUACUGGUGGUUUCUUGAGGCCUUCUCAAACACCUCGUAAUUGGCCAAUGAUGCAAAAUCAACAGCGUCAACCAAUUCAAGCAAGUGCAUUAAUUGCACAGUUAACAACUCCUACAUUCCAACAAAGAUUAGAUAUGGCAUCACAACAACAAGUACAACAGCAGCAACAACAACAAGUUCAACAGCAGCAACAACAACAACAAGUUCAACAGCAGCAACAACAAGUUAAACAGCAGCAGCAAGUACAACAACAACAGCAGCAAGCUCAACAGCUGCAGCAAGCACAACAGCAGCAGCAAGCGCAACAGCAAGCACAACAGCAGCAAGCUCAACAGCAGCAAGCACAACAGCAGCAAGCUCAACAGCAGCAGCAAGCUCAACAACAGCACCAAGCACAACAGCAACAUCAAGCUCAACAACAACAGCAGCAUCAGCAGCAGCAACAGCAACAAGCUGCUCUACGAAUUAUGAACCAACAGCAACAACAAGUUCAACAACAACAGCAGCAACAAAAUGGACCUGGCAGACAAACUAUUUGGUCGGGAACAUUAGAAUGGAUAGAAAAAUCCAAGCCUUUAAAUGAAAUACCGAAGAUAACGAGAAACGUCCCUUGUAUUGUUUCAGCCAGUAUCAAAAAUGGAGAACCGGAACUGAAAGCAGAAACAUGGCCUGAUAAACUAAUUAUGCAAUUGAUGCCCAAGAAUUUAAUAGGCAGUAUUGGAGGUGCUCAUUUGAAAGACUCAAAAUCUGUGGUUUUCCAACCUACACCGUGCGAAGCAUUGGAGUCUUUGACCAAGUACAUGACUAGUGGAUAUGCUGGAUGUGUACAUUUUAACAGUGCUCCAACUUCUCAUAAUUGUGAUGUCAAAGUAUUGAUUUUGCUUUAUACACACGAUAGAAAAGCAUUUAUUGGUUUUAUUCCGAAUGAUCAGGCAGCAUUUGUAGAUAGAUUACGCAAGCUUAUACAACAUCAAAAAGCUUCAUCAGCCAUAUUACGUCAAGGCCAGGGUGGAAUGGGAAUGCCUCAAGGCAAUAUGCCCGGACAGUUGCAAUUACCACCCGGUCCGAAUAUGCCUGGUGGUCCUGGACCAAACCAGAUGCCUGGGCUUAUGCCUAACAGCGCAUUAACAGCUUCUUUACAAAGUCAACCUCAACCAAAUUUGGCUGAAUUAAUGGGGUCCAACAAUUUUGCACCACAAAGUAAUCAAGUAGUCCCUAAUAGUCCAUCAGUUCAAAUGAUGCCUAGUCCUCAACCAACUGGACAACCCGUCAAUGUUAAUAAUCCAAACAUGCCCUUACAGAGUCCUGGAGGCGUUGGAAAUGUUGGUGUUCGUCCAUCACAAGGUCAAUACAGUGAACAAAUUGAGAUGGCUAGAAAGCAAAAUUUAGCCAAGAUUCAGCAACUUCGUCAGACACUAGAAUUAGCACAACAACAAGAAUUACAGUAUAAGUCUCAAAUGGAGAUACAAAGUAAUCAAAUGAACAUACCACAAAUGCAGCAAUGUUUGGAACAAGCUCAAAUGCAAGAAAACAUAUUGAAAUCUCAGCUAGAAAUACGUAAUCAAAUGAAUGUGCCCCAAAUGCAACAAAAUCUGGAACAUGCUCAAAUGCAAGAGACCAUAUUAAAAGCACAAUUGGAACAUCAACAAGAAGAGCAACACAAAUUGCGAACCCAACAAUUCCAUAUCCAUCAACAGCAACAGCAACAACAACAACAGCAACAACAGCAGCAACAACAGCAACAGCAAUCAAGACAAAUGGUUCCUGGAAAUCAAUCACCACAGAUUAUGGGUAAUAGUGCACCACAGCAGAGAAUGCAAAUGCGACCCGUUAUGUCCAGUAAUCCUGGUCUCAGACAUUUAUUACAACAACAACCACAAUAUAGACAACAAAUGAUGGGCAUGCAACAGGUUCCCAUUGCUCAAGGCAGGCCCUUGCAACCUCAGCAACAGCAACAACAAUAUAAUGAUGAAGUUCAUACAUUUGACUUUCUCAACUAACUCAAUUUUAAAAUAUUAUUUUUUUUGGUUUAUGUUGAGGAUAUUAUCUCAUCUCAUUUUUUUUUUUUUUUUGAAUAAUUGAGUAAAUGCUAAUAAAAAUGUUUAAACAUUUUAUAAAUUACUUCAUUUUUUUUACCAAAACAUUAUUGAUUAUUGAUGAACAAUUUUAGAAUUCCUGUUUAUAUAAAUUAUAUUUAUUAUUUUAUUAUUUGUAAAUACUUUCAUCAAUGUUUUUAAGCAUCUAUUAUAAAAAAAAACUUAGAUUUUAGCCUAUUUUAAUAUUUUAAAAUAAUAUUUUUUGCAUUU